GGCUGGAGGGCAGAUCAGUUUGUGACAGGACUGUACAUUCCCUCAAAAGCCCCGAAUCCUGCUUCACGUUUCAGUUCUUCCCUAAAAAAGAGAGAAAAGUUUGGUCAUCACUGGAUUUUCUUCUUCCUGCUGUGAUCUGGACUGAACCAUGGAGUUGUCGGAUAUCUCUUUCCCCAUCCCCACCGCUGAUGAUUUCUAUGACGACCCCUGCUUUAACACCAGUGACAUGCACUUCUUCGAGGACCUGGACCCGCGGCUGGUCCAUGUGGGGCUGUUGAAGCCUGACGACUCCUCCUCUUCAUCCUCAUCCUCCCCUUCCUCCUCUUCCUCCUCCCCGUCCUCCCUCCUGCACCUCCACCACCAUGCCGAGGUGGAGGACGACGAGCACGUCCGCGCCCCCAGCGGGCACCACCAGGCGGGCCGCUGCCUGCUCUGGGCCUGCAAGGCCUGCAAGAGGAAGACGACCAACGCGGACCGGCGGAAGGCGGCCACGCUGCGGGAGCGCCGGCGGCUCAGCAAGGUCAACGACGCCUUCGAGACCCUAAAGCGCUGCACGACGGCCAACCCCAACCAGAGGCUGCCAAAGGUGGAGAUCCUGCGCAACGCCAUCAGCUACAUCGAGUCCCUGCAGGCGCUGCUGCGCGGUGGCCAGGAAGACGGCUUCUACCCGGUGCUGGAGCACUACAGCGGGGACUCGGACGCAUCCAGCCCCCGCUCCAACUGCUCCGACGGCAUGACGGAUUUUAACGGCCCCACCUGUCAGACAACCAGAAGAGGAAGUUAUGACAGCUCUUAUUUCUCCGAGACUCCAAACGGCGGUCUGAAAAGCGAACGCAGUUCAGUGGUGUCCAGUCUGGACUGCCUGUCCAGCAUUGUGGAGCGGAUCUCCACCGAUAACAGCAGCCUGCUGCCGCCUGCUGACGGCCCAGGAUCCCCACCGACGACAACUGUGCCGGUGGGUGAAGCAGGCACUGCCCCGGCGACCACUCAGGUCUCGUCUCCGACUGCCAGUCAGGACCCCAGCCUGAUUUACCAAGUCCUAUAGACCCUCACACAUAGAUAUUCAACUCGGACAUUACAAUAAAUUAAAAAAAUCCCCAAAUCUUGUCAAGCCAUCCAGCCAUAAGAACACACACACACACACACACACUGAAAAUGAUUAUUUACACCAGCUGAACUGAGAAACCACCACUAUGGUUUAUCAGCUGCUUCUUAUGUAUUUAUUCUCUUUAGAUCAAUGUAUGGAAGCUCAUUCCUGCCAGAAAAAAAGAUCAGCAGUAAAAAUCAUUUUAAGUGUUUUCAAUUGAGUUGCCAAGAAAAAAAUCCCGUGGCUGUGAGGUCUAAUUAAAAGUACACAUACCUAAGAUUUAUUUUCAGUUAUUAGAUAUAUAUUUAACAAAGGAAUGAUAAAAUCUAGAAUUACUGAUGUAAAGAAAGAUUUUUUUAAGCGUCCAAACUAAACAUCUCAAUGUUUCAUGAUCAGAUGCGGUUUGUUGAUUCUACACGGAGACGCUAAUAAAAGGAGGAGCCUGAAAAAAAUGAUUUUAAAAAGUCAUAGUCAGGAGCUGAAGUCUUAAUUUUGACCUUGUAUGUCAUACAAAUGAAAAGUUGCUUUUAUCAUUCCAAAGUUACCUACAUUAGUUAAUUUUCCAAGCAGGAAUGAGCUUCCACAGCCACCCCAGAUUCCCUUUCCUGUUUCUGAAAUAAGUCGAGAUCAGACCACUUAAUUCUAUAGUUACGUUUUAAAUAGAAACCAGUUCGGUUCUUGCUGUAUUUUUAUUUAAUUUUAAGUUAUGAAAAAUAUUUUAAGCCUCAGCUUAGUCUUUCAGAUGGAUCCCCCCACCUUCCCCACUCCAGCCUUCUGUGUAUAGUCUAGCUGAUGAAGGACGGAGGCCAAAAACCACCCAUUAACAUUCCUCCACUUUCGUCUAUCUGAAGUCCGAAAGGCCCCAGCUGUUCGAUUCCCUCAGGAGGAAAAAGGAACUACAGUAACUGUUUGACAUUUUAGAAGGAAACUUGAUGUAAAAGCACAAAUUUCUGCAGUAAAAGCUUAACAGAAUCCGGCCUGCGGGUACAGAAGUAUUGUAGUGACUUUUUUUCCUCCCGUCAGUUUUGAAGUAGGUUCAGACCUCCUUCCUGUCCAAAACGGAUUUUUAAUUUCUUUCAUUUGUCAUUUCACUCACUGCAGCGGAGGACCACUUUUCUGUUUCUGUAAAUAUUCUGUAAAUAAGAGCUGAUUUGUUCCAACUGAAAGUAUUAAUUAUGUAUUUAAUGUUUCUGUCUGUACGUGCUUUUGUUUGUUGUGAAAAAUGUUAAACUUUAUAUUUAUACAUCUGAAAAUGAGUGACAGU